AUGCGGACUUCACAUGAAUGGUUUCACUUUGGCCAAGAAGAUUUUAAGAGUCGGAUAAUUUUGGAUGACCAUGGAAAGCGAUUAUAUCCGUUACAUGUAGAAGUGCACCAAUGCCAGAUUCACGGGGAUUUCAUCCUGGUUCCACCUAAUGAGCUGAAUGUAAUGGGUUCUCCUUGGUUGUUUGCCGCUUGGGGCAUGGACGUGAUUGGACCUACAGAACCCGCCGCAUCAAACGAACAUUGUUUCAUCCUUGUAGCCAUUGACUACUUCACCAAAUGGGUCGAAGCUUCUACAUACAAAUCCAUUACAAAGAAGGUGGCAGCAGAUUUCGUCCGUAACAACAUAGUCUGCCGAUUCGGGACGCCAGAAUCAAUCAUCACUGACAAUGCAACCAACCUCAAUAGAGAUCUCACGAGGGAGAUUUGUAAGAGGUUCGGAAUCAUCCAGUGUAAUUCCACAGCUUACCGGCUGCAAAUGAAUGGAGCAGUUGAACCAGCCGACAAAAACAUGAAGAGGAUCUUGCAAAAGAUAGUGGAAUAUCAAAGGAAGUGGCACGAGAAAUUAUCCUUCGCUUUAUUGGUUUAUCGGACCACCAUGAGAACAUCCACCGGAGAAACACCAUACAUGUUCGUAUAUGGUACCGAAGCUGUGAUACCCGCAGAGAUAGAGAUACCUUCUUUAAGUGUCUUUCAAGAAGCCAAGUUGGAUGACCCAGAAUGGAUACGAGUCAGGCAGGAGUAA